UCGCGCUAACUACGAGCCCGGGUCCCGGGUUUCGGGUUUGUUUCCGGGUCAGGGGUGACGGCGCCAUAUUGUCGGGCUCGGAGCGAGCGAGCGGCUGGGAUCGGGAGAUUUUGAACAUUUGCAGCUCAAAAGUCAAUGAUGUGGGACCAAGGUGGUCAGCCUUGGCAGCAGUGGCCUUUAAGCCAGCAACAGUGGAUGCAGUCGUUUCAGCAGCAACAAGAUCCAAGUCAAAUUGAUUGGGCGGCAUUAGCACAGGCAUGGAUUGCACAAAGAGAGGCCUCGGAGGAAUCCGUAGCAGCACAACAGCCAGUUAUAAUACCCAAUGGACAGGCAGUACAUAACAUCGAAAAUAAUCAAGACAAUCAUGGAAAUUUUCCAGGAGAUCCUAAUUUCAACAGAAUGUGGGAACAGGAUUGGGGAAUGCAACACCACAGACCACCUCCCCCACCACCAGACCAGCAGCAGUGGAUACCAGCCCCAGCCCCCAUGGACAUAGUCCCUCCAUCGGAGGACAGUAGCCAGGACAGUGCAUGGAGCCGCCUUUGGUCCUCCUGGAGGAUUUCAUCCACCUUAUUGGCAACCUGGGCCACCACCCAAUCGUAGAGACAGACCCUCUUAUAGAGAUCGCCCACGUUCACCCAUAACAGUAAAACAAGAACCUCCUGCACUUGGUGAG